AUGCGCGUCAGCAUCUGCAUGGAAGCAGGUCCGGAUGGACGGCUGCGUGUUGUCGAGCGUCCUCGUCAGCCGGAGCGAUCGUCCAGGCAGCGCACUUUCGAUAUCAUGGUGCGAGGUUAUCCGGCUCUCAGCGUCGACGAAAAGGCGGCAGUCUACGAUGACAUCUUCCGUGUCCUCGGCGACUUCUACACCGAGCUUGAACGGAUGGGUCAUAACCCAAGCGACCAGCGGCUCCACUGCGCCCUCGAAAGGGGCAUGCAGCGGAUCUGGGAUAUGAUGCGGUUCAACUUCAACCCAGACAUCGCAUUCGACGCUGGCAGGCCCAGGGUCACAGCAUCGUACCUUGGUGUCGGAGCCGCCACCAGCCUUGCUCUACGCAUCAGUCGACCGUUGAUCGAUACAUUGCACAGGCCCACACUGCGCGCCUAG